AUACGAAUAGUGGGAUGCUCACAAAAACUGGAUUUAUAUGGGUCUGUUGAGCUUGUGUCGCUUAGUUCAGGUUACUGUUUAGGUAGCUGCAACUGGCUGAUACAGACUCCGUAUCAGAAGAUUGGUUAUCUGACUUCGUCUUCUCAGUUGACGACUCAUGCACUGCCUCUCGACAGAACGUCAAUGCACAACUGUGACAUCCUCCUCAUGACUGGAGGUCUAACCGAAGCUCCUGCAGUCACACCAGACGGCAUGGUGGGAGAGUUCUGCACACAGCUAGCAAGAACAUUGCAAAAUGGAGGAAAUGUGCUUGUACCAUGCUCUCCAACUGGUGUGAUAUACGAUCUGCUCGAGUGUCUUCCGGCGUAUUUGGACAACAUGGGACUGCAACACGUCCCGCUGUACUUUUUGUCGCCAGUUGCAGAGACGUCACUUGCUUAUUCUAAUAUUUGUGGAGAAUGGUGCUGCAAACCUAGGCAAGACAAAAUGUAUAUGCCGGAGCCGCCAUUUGGACACUCGGAGCUUCUCAAGAACAACAGAUUACAAUCUUUCAAAAGCGUUGCCGAUGGAUUGAGUGAUGUGUACAAGACACCGUGUGUUGUAUUCUGUGGUCACCCUUCCCUUCGCUGUGGUGACACCGUUCACUUCAUGGAAGUGUGGGGUCCAGGAAGUCAAAACAGUGUCAUUUUUAUUGAGACUGGAUUUCAAGCUGGUGAUCCGACGUAUCCACUAGCUCAAGUGUUGGCUCCUUACCAACCUCUGGCUAUGAAAGUAUUCUGGUGCCCAAUUGAUCCAAGGUUGGAUUUCCAACAAGCGAAACUACUACUCAGAGACCUGCAGCCUCGACACACUAUCAUUCCAGAGUCAUACCUCCGUCCACCUUUGACAAUGCCUCAGAGAGUUGAUCUAGCACUGGAUCUGGAAGGCCCGGUUUCAACCUUUACACGUGGCGAUGUUGUAUCGCUGAGUCUCGACAUGAAGUUCUCCAGGGCAACAGUGGCUCCGACGCUUGCUGCAUCCUUAAUUCCUCGGGAGAUCCAACCUGGAGUUGCAGUUACAUCUAUUCAGGCGUCGCUUUAUAGUCAUGACAAUCGCCAUACACUAAGGGCAUUAACUCAACAAUUCUCAGCUGCUGGCAUUCCGGAUCAUAAGGUCGGUUCAGGAAAAUUGGAGGAAGGAGAAAUUCAAGAACAAGAACGAGAAGUGAAGCAGAAGUCUAGACUUGUUGGGGAUGUGUCUGUGGAUGGUCUAGUGCAAGAGUUAUCGAGGCGGGGGUUGCUACUUGUUCAAGAAGAAGUGACGCAUCAGGGACAUCGUUUGAUUGCAUCUUAAUGCCGGUUCACAAUGUCUACAUUGGCACCAACGGAACACAACGAACGUAGCGAGCAUAACGAACGUUUCAUUGUGAACUG